AUGGGCCUGCAACGCAGGCUUUUGGAAAAGUUCCCCAACACGACCAUGAUGGCGGUAACGCGGCGUGGAACACAGACUCUGAACGAGCUGGCGGUGGCAGCACUUUUCAAUGAAUGCGAGGCAGUCUGCACUUUGAAGGGUGACCUGGAGUCAAACCCUGCCAACUACGACGACACAGGACACUUGAAACCCGCCCGGGCUUGUGUGCCAUUGGAAGUGCCGUGCUAUGUCGGCAUGAAGCUGUACAUCACCAAAAAUGUAAACAAAGCCCGGGAUUACAUCAACGGCAUGCGCUGUACCCUGGAACACUAUGACCGGGCUUGCAAGGCUUUGAUAGUGAUGACAGAAACUAACCACCGCCUGACAAUCAGACCAUGGACAGACGUUGCUUUCCAGCAGGCAUUUUGCCCAGUGCGACCCGGAUACGCGUCCACAGUGUUGAAGAUGGCUGGAACGGAGCUACCGCAUGCAGUGCUGUGGCUCGACUAG